AAGUUUGUUCUUUUUAGCUAAAGUUGGCGACUCUGCUUUUCUAUUUUUUUCUCUUAAACCGCUCAAACGUGAAGCUCAAAAGAACAAACCUAAAAUGGCGCAAAAUGGCGUUACAAUUUUCUAUUUAUUUUGACAUGUUAUAUUAAUUAUAAAAACAAUAUCAAAUGAGAAAUUAAAGAAAUGUUAAAGCAAGUAGAAGAAUAUUUUACUGGAAGUGACAAUUACGCAGUGCGAUGCGCUAAGGCGUUACCCUUUUCUCUCUCCUCAAAAACGAAACGACCAUAUUGACUUAUUUGAGGUUAGGUCGAACACAAAAUAAACAUAAUAAACUGUCGUAGACAUCGAAUAAAUCUUUUACCAUUUUCUGCCUUUCUUGAAAAAAAAAGAAAAAAAAAAGAAAAUUGACAAUGGGAAUUCCUGGUUUAACAACAUACAUAUCAAACGAUUCAGAUCGUUACCUCGAAUAUUAUAUGCUACACGAUUGUUAUUUAGUAAUCGACGGCAAUAGCGUGUGUUGUCAAUUAUAUACCUGGCACGCGAGAUGUAACUGCGCCUUUGGUGGCGAUUACGACAAGUACGCGCAAUGCGUGAGAGAUUUCUUUGACAAACUCUUAAGGUGCAACGUUACACCAUUGGUCUUGAUCGAUGGCGGCAGCGAGAACAAGAAGCUCAAGACUAUUAUAUCUCGAACUAAACAGAAGAUCGAGAUUGGAACAAAUUAUACCUUGUCCUCCCAGCAAAGGACCAAAUUUCUCCCUCUGCUUAUGAGGGAGGUCUUUAAAGAUGUGAUGAAUGAGAAGGGCAUCAGAUACGCGCAGUGCAUAUUCGAGGCAGACAACACCAUAGCUGCGAUAGCGCGCCUCCUCAAAUGUCCGGUACUGAGCUACGACUCUGACUUCUAUAUUUAUGGAUCAUUAUACAUACCAUUUAAUACGCUGGACACUGACAUAGUGCCCAAUCCAACGGGCACCGGUUACGUAAAGCGUUGCAAAAUUUAUUAUGUUGAGAAACUCUUUCAAGUUUACUAUGGAUUGAAUCAGUCCUUGCUGCCUCUAGCAGCAGUAUUACUGGGGAACGAUUAUGUGAAGCAGCACAUAUUUAGAAACUUCUUCCGUCAUUUGCCACGACAGGAAAGGCGGAGGUACAAUAAUGAACAACAACGGCGUAUAGACAUGACAUUUCAUUGGCUUCGUCGGCGCAGUUUGAACGAAGCUGUAAUAGGGAUAUUAAGUAGAUUACGAAAACGAGAACGAAAACGUGUAUUAAACACAAUAGAAAUGGUAAUAAAUGGUUACAUCGACGCACCACUGAGUAUGUUACAUACGCUAGGUAUUCCUGAAAUCUUUUCGAGGUCGAAUAUGCAUAACAAGUCUAAGAUAUACAAGUUUGAGGGUGAUAUAUACAAUUUGACAUUUGUUGACGAAAGAACAAAUGAAACGGAACCGAGCGACGAGGAGGAAACGGAAGACAGAGAAGUGGCAAAUAUACUUGAAGAAAAGGAGUUGAUUUCCGACGAGUCUCUGGUCAACAAUUUGCCUCAGUGGUUUAUUAAUGAGUUUAAACAGAGCAAAUUUCCAUCCUAUUUCAUAGAUCUAAUAAUAAGGAAGUUGUAUAUUUGUCCUACGCAAAUCGAAGAUCCUCUCUGUGUCUCUUCUAUCAUUGCAAGUUUAAAAAUUAUAAAUGUCAUUUAUGGAUUGUUGGUGUCAGGAGUCGAAGGAAGGAAAACUGGUAUGGAAUAUAUAACUAGAGUUGACAAAAAUAUAAAACGUUAUCAAUUGGAAUACAGUGAUAAUAUACUUGGCUGUAAACUACCACUGUUACUCAAUCUGAGAGAAUUACCCAUUGUCAUUAGAAAAGACAUCUUGAACACCACUUUGACGAUCUCUAUUGCAAGAUAUAUAAAUGAAAUUCCAUUGAAUUGGAUGUUGUACAUAGCAACCAUAAAGUACUGGAUAGAUCAACAACAGGAGCCAUCUAAAUUCAUUAGUCAUAUAUACGCCUUAUUGUUUGCAUUAUUAUUUAACAUAAUAGAUUAUAAAAUAGGCUUUUAUAGAAGGCAAAGCAAAUUUCAUCAGAGAUUUGAUAGAACCCUAAACAAUAUUAAACAUGAAAGAAGAACGAGAAAUUAUCAGCCACAGUAUGCAGUUAAUGCUACACUCGUAGAAGCAAUUCAUGAAGUUGACGCAGACGACUGUUUAAUUGCGGCUGCAUUCUUCAUAUCUAAUUUCGAAAUAAAUCAGAAACUAUAUUCGCAACCGAAAAAAUAUAAUAUUUCAAUUGUUCAUAGUUUUGCAGAGUUUCAGAAUUGCUUGAGACAUAGUAUGAACUUAAACGCACUAUUGGGAUAUCCGUAUGAACAAACUAAGGUUGCUAGUGUAUACAAUGGUACAUUAUUGUAUAAUCUCUGUACUAAUUUUAAGAAACGUGACGACAUUGAAGCUUAUAUCAAUUUAAUUUUGCAAGAUUCCCCAAGUUUGUCACGUUUAUUUAAUGUACUUUUAUUAAAAGUUAAACCUUUGCUGAAUGCUGCAUUGGAAAAGAAGACUCAUAAAUAUAAGAAGCAAAAAACUAAAAGACAUGAAAAGAAAGAGCAUGUUACACAGGAAGAAAGUUGUGAAGAACAAAAGACAAAUGAAAACAAUAGUGAAGAAUUCUACGAUCUAAAUAAUCCUUUUUCUGUACUUGGUACCACAUAGCAUUAAACUUUUUAUUGUACAUGAUUAUACUGCAUGUAAUCUCUACAAUUUACAUGUUUUAUAUGUUUGUAUAUAUUAUAUAUUAAUUUCUUUAUGUACAUACAGAAUUUGUAUUUUAUAGAACGUAAUAUACAAGCGUGUUCAAAAAG